AUGGAAAAAAAUAAUUGUUCUGCGAAAUCCGAACAACAACACGGUCCAACUACUAGCUCUAUUAAACCCACUAAAAAAUGCAUGGUUUGUGAUACUGCGUGCUCAUAUCAUUAUUAUGGCGUACAGAGUUGUGAAGGAUGUAAGCAGUUCUUCCGUAGAUCAGUCGUAAAACAAAAAAUUUUCCAUUGCUGGAAAGAUAAACAAUGUGAUAUAACCAAAGCUAAUCGCUGCAGAGGAUGCCGGCUUGAUAGAUGCCUUUUAGUUGGCAUGGAUCCUUUACUAAUUAAUGCUGAAAGCACCCAAUCGCUCGAUUUAUUUAUUGAAACGCUAGAAAAUCGUCGUACUAAGUUGUUGAACAUGCACGGCGUCUGUCAAUCAACGCCUAGCUCUGAUGAUAUAAUCCCCGAACCCGAUCUUCACAAUAAAUGUCCGGAUGUUGCGAUUCAGAGCAAUUUAACCUCGGAAGGUGCUUCUGAUAGUGGAUUAAUGAAUACACUUCACUUUCUCGGAAAAUGCCAUUAUAGAAUAUGGGCAUCUAACACUCCAUUUGACUUUGCUAGUUUAAAUUCAUCAUCAAAUAUUCAAAACUAUCUAGAAGAUCCCAAUCAUAUUUUAGCAAAAGCCGACGAAUUUUCGGAUAAUAUGCCAUCGUUUUGGAAUUCGGAAAGGUUUCGUGCUGAAGUAGAAGUGUUUGGGUUCUCUUCUCCAAAACAUAUAAAAAUUAUUACCAAAGACCAUUUUCUGGCUAUGGAAUUUGCUAAAGUGGUGCUAAGUUUCAAUAAACUCGAUAUUGACGACCAGGCAUUAAUAAUAAAAGAUUUAAUUGAGCCAAUCUUUAUGUUUUUCAAUAGUUAUUACGCUAGCUGCAUGAAUGCAGAUCAGUGGACAACUUCGGAGGGGUUAACGUUGGGAACGAUGUUAACAACUAAAUCUUUAAUUAAUGAUGAAAAGUAUGUUAAUUAUUAG